CCGCAGCACUUCGGCGGACCACCUCCCCUGAUCUCGCCCAAGCCCCAGCACCAUGCCAUGCCCACGGCCCUCUGGAACCCAGUGUCCCUGAUGGACAACACCUUGGAGACGCGGCGGGCCGAGAGCCACCCGCUGCACGGCCACUCGGCCGCGUUCGAGCCCAGCCGCCAGGCCGCCGUGCCGCUGGUCAAGGUGGAGCGGGUCUUCUGCCCGGAGAAGGCGGAGGAGGGGCCGCGGAAGCGCGAGGCCGCCCCCCUGGACAAGUACCAGCCGGCGCCACGGGAAGCAGCCAGCCUCGAGCACCAGGCCUUCCCGCCCGGGCCCGGGCCCUUCCUCGCCGAGCUGGAGAAGUCCACGCAGACCAUCCUGGGCCAGCAGCGGGCCUCCCUGCCCCCGGCGGCCGCCUUCGGGGAGCUCAGUGGGCCCCUGAAGCCAGGCUCGCCCUACCGGCCCCCGGCGCCGCGGGGCCCCGACCCCGCCUACAUCUACGACGAGUUCCUGCAGCAGCGACGGAGGCUGGUCAGCAAG